AUGGCUCGUGGUGCUGGAAAGAUUACCAAGAAGAAGGAUCCAAAUGCUCCCAAGCGUGCCUUAUCAGCCUACUUUAUAUGGCUCAAGGAGAACCGAGCCAGAAUCACUAAACCCGGCAUGAAGGUAGGCGAAGUGACCAAACUGGCAGCCAAAGAAUGGAACAGUCUGAGCGACAAGUCAGAGUGGGAGAAGAAGGCCGAAGACGACAAGAAACGUUAUCAACGAGAAAUCACGGCUUACCGCCAGACCGACGAAUAA